CAAAGAUAAAUGAACCAAAAAAAUGUUUGAUACAUUGUAAAUUUGAAAUUAAUCCUUACCUUUUUAAGUGUGUGGAUAGUAAUACAAUAAAAAAUAUUUAAUUUUAUUUAAAAUGUGUGAAAUUCGAUAACAAAUUAUUUGGAAUAUUUUCAAUAAAGCUUGUAUUGCAAGUCUAUACAAUAAUUAAGAUUAUCAAAAGAGAUUUGGUGUUGAGUCAUAAAUAUGGACAUUGAUCAGUUGGGUAACGAUGCUAAGUUAGCAGCAACAAAAUACUUUACAAAUAUGUUAAAAAAACCAGGACAAUUGGAAAAAGUUGAACAGUUAAAGAAUCGAAUAUCACGUAAAAAAACUUCUACUGAAGCAAUGUUGAAAACAGCCAUGCAAAGUCAAUUAGAUGGGGUUACAAUCGGAAUGGAACAACUGAAAGACGCAUUGGAUGACAUAAGUAAAGUAAAGGUGUACCUCAGUCAAACAAAACGUUCAUUUAUAAAUUUACCAUCUCUUGGGUAUAAGUUACAAGAUGUUCGCACCAAACAAAUGCAACACUCUCAGUACUUGACAGCUAAUGAAAAUAUGAAGCACCUAUUCACCGUUCCUGAGAGCAUUGAAAAAACUAAACAGUGGAUCAAUGAGGGAAAAUUUUUACAUGCUCAUCAAUGUUUAAUAGAUCUUGAGAAUUCUAGAGAUGAUCUUUUAUUUGAAGUGCAUAAAUUGCCCAAUCAAGCGCCUAGUGAUAAAAUACUACUCAAAGCAUAUUUUGAAGACGUCGAAGUUAUGUCCGAUAUGUUGAAAAAACAAAUAAAAUUAGUAUUGAGUAGAACACUAAAUACUGUUAGGAAAGAACCUAUGGUGAUAGUUACUGUUCUGAGAAUCAUAGAACGAGAAGAACGAGCUGAUACGUUUGCAUUACAGCGUCAUAAACAAUCAGGAUUUAUGCCUCCUAGUCGUCCAAAAAAAUGGAAAGAAAUGGCGUUUGAUGUGCUUCAAAAGUCAGUUGAUCAGCGAAUAGAAGGUACUCAAGUAAAUGAACGAUCUGACAAUAAAAUGUGGCUUGUAACAUAUUUGGAACUUUGUCGGCUAUUAAUUCUUGAGGAUCUGCGAGUGGUUAAAACUCUCUGUGUACCAUGUUUUCCACCACAAUAUGAUAUUUUUGAUAAAUUUGUUUAUAUGUAUCAUUCCAGUCUCUCAGCAAAUUUAAAUGACAUAAUAUCAGAUGGAUUAGAAGGCAAUGAAUAUGUUACAAUUAUUUCUUGGGUAACUAACACGUAUCCUGGUAAAGAGUUAAUGUUACAUCCUGAAUUAAAUAUAGACAUUGGUAAAGUUGGUCCGUUAUUAAAAUCAUCAGUUGUUUUUGAUUUACAAUCAAAAUAUUUAGAAUACAUUAAAGCUAAUUACAAAGAAUGGAUGUUAAAAACACUGGAUACUGAAAAAAAUGAUUGGUAUGCAGGUGCUUCACCUGAGGUUGGUCCAGAUGGAUGUUUUCAUACCGCUGCUCCAGUUAUUAUAUUUCAGAUGAUCGAUCAAAAUUUGCAAGUCACAAAAACUAUAAGCCAGCACUUAACACACAAAGCAUUAUUAUUGAGUGUAGAUAGCGUUAGUCUAUAUGGUCUGUCUUACAAAGAGGCUGUUAUAGAGUUCAAGAAAAAGCACUUUGAGGAUAGAAGCAAAGUACCAUUUUUUACACAUUGCAUAAUUACUGUGCUCAAUAAUUGCUUACAAUUUAUUGAAUUAGCAUUAGAAAUGAAGCAGCAUUAUUGGAGCAGUGAUUUUAAGGAUCAGUCGAGUACUGCCUAUGAAAAAUUAAUAAAAACCUUCCAAAACCUUAGGGAUGAAGCAGCACAAUUUCUUUUAGAAGAGGCUUUCCUAGAUCUUGACUCUCAUUUUCAAGACUUGAUAACUACUAAAUGGCUUACCAGCUUUAUAUCUAUUGAAACAAUUUGUGUGACAUUAGAAGAUUAUUUUCAAGAUUAUACCCAUCUAAAACCCAAAAAUUUAGAAUACAUAAUAUUGGAAGCUGAAGAUAUAAUAGUGCGGCGAUACAUAAUGGCUAUUCUGCAGAAAAAAUUAAAUUUCAAGACAUACGAAGAGCGUCGAUCAGCAGCAGAUAAAAUGACAAAUGAAGUGGACCAAUUAAAAUCAUUUUUUAUGCGUGUGGCACCUUUAGUAAUACGUGAUAAAGAUUCUCCUUUUGAUGCUGUUGUUAAGUUAUCUGAAGUAUUAAAAAGUGAAGAUUCUGAAAUAUUAUCAUUGGACUUGCACACACUUGUAAAGAUGUACCCGGAUAUUACUGAAGAUCAGAUGACCAGAUUAUUAGGUUUAAGAGGUGAUUUAAGUAGAUCAGAAAUACGUGAAAAAGUACAGUAUGCAAUUCAAGGCAAUAAGGAACUUGCAGGCACCACAUUAACCAAAAGUAUAUUCCAGCAAAUCCACUUAUAGUAUAAUAAUAAUCAUCACUAAAUCUGUACAGCUUAAAUAAUUAUAGUUAAAAACUAUAUAAAUAGUAAGUACUAAUAUUUAAAUAGAUUAUGCAUAUGUAUUUCAUUUGCAAUCAAUAUUCCGUUCCUUAUGUCAUAAGCAAUACAAUAAUAUUAAAUUAAAAUAUUUAAAAUAAUAUUUAUUCAUAUAUUUUUGUAUUUAAAGUUUACUUUUUCAAUAUAAAAAAUAUUUUAGAGUUUGUUUGUUUAUUGUUUUUUGAAUAUUAGUUAUUUAUAUAGUUAUAAGUGUUUACUUAAUUAAUAGUGAGUGGUCUUCAACCAAUGGGUUUUCGUAAGCUUCAAAAUUAGAUUGAGGUGUAUUUUUAUUGAAAAGUAAAAACAUUAAACAAGAAUAGUCACUACAUGAAUUAAAAACUAGUCCAUUUUUACACACCUAAUGAAAUAGUAUUAAUUAAAUAUUAAUCAACUUUUUUUUUUAUGAAACAAUUAGGUAAUAGUCACAAAACACAAAUUACAACUAAAAUAGGUUGCGAAACUAAUAAGGUUGAAGACACCUGCUAUAUAUGGUAAUAUUAAUAUUAAUUUAUUAUAAUAUAAUAUUAAUAUAAUAAUAGCUGUCUAAAUACUUUAAUAUUAAGUUUUUAUUAUACAAUUGCAUAAGUAUUUUGUACCUAUGGUUUUUGUUUAAUUUUUUUAUUUUAAGUAUAAUAAUAUUAUCCAAAUAUUCUCAAGUUACUAAUAGCAUAAUACAUGUACCUAGCAUAGGCUUCUCCAGGGACAGGCAAAACAGAGCACUAGCCCCCCCCCCCCUAGAAAAAUGUCUGGGGAUGCCCAUGGUACCUAUAUUGUUACAUGUAGUAUUACAAUUUACUCUUUAUAUCAUAAAAUCAUUGAAUAAUUAAUUAUCAAUUUUAAUUAGUACGGUUUUAUUUUUUUUUAAUAUGUUUAUUAUAAAUAAUUAUUUAAAACUAUACACAAAUAAAAUUAUUAUUAUUAUUAUUAUUAUUAUUAUUUAUUUAACAAUACACUUUAUUUAAAAAUGUU